AUGCCGGGCGGCGUUCCCCGACUCCUCGCUGCGGGCGCCGCGGGGGCCGUGGGCGCCGUGGGGCCAGCGGGUUCCCGGGCCCCAGCGGACUUGGCGGAGUGCGCCGAGCUUCUGCAUCGGUCCGAGCACGAGGCCGCGGGCUCGCCGCCCGAGUGCCGCACUCUGCUGUUGGGCGCGCUCGCGCGGGACGAGGUGCCUGGCUACGCAUACCGCGUGCAGGAUUGCCACUUCUGGGCCCACUACGGCGUGCGGGACCGCGCGGUGGAGGGCGCGCGGCUCACGGACUUCAACCGCUUGGCGGAGCUGCGCCUGUCCGAGCCCUUCUCGCCGCCGCUGCGGCCCAACGCAACGAUGCUAUACGUGGGCGCCCACCGCACGGGCGACGACGGGGCCCACUUCCACCGGCACCAUCGGCUCCGGGUGCACCUCUUCGAGCCCUCGCCUUCGUUCUUCGGGGACUUGCAGCGGGCGCUGGGCGGCGUCCCCGGCUUCACGCUCCACAAUUAUGGCCUGGGCGCGCAGACGCGGCGGAUGCGGCUGCUCGUCAGCGGGACCGCCUCGCGGACCCUGGAGAACCGCUCGGACGUUGGGCUUGCGCCGGGGCGCGUGGAGGAGGUGCUCGUGCGCGCCGCGGCGGAGGCGGCACCAGACGUGCUCGGCGGUGGCGCCGCCGAACUGCUGCACGUGAACUGCGAGGGCUGCGAGUACGACGUAAUCGAGGGUAUCAGCGACGCGGGACACCUGGCGGAAAUACCCCAGGUGCAGAUUGCUACCCACAUGCUGGACCAUCAGGACCCGAACGUGCCGUUCCUGGAGGCCAUGGCGUUGUCGGUCCAGGUCUCCGCCAGGCGCUACUGCCAGAUGCACGGGAGGGGCUGGCGGGCAGACCCGCUGCACCCGUGGGCGAAGGACUGA